GCCGAGACGCCAUUUUGGCUCAAAACAAAGUCAUGUUUUUACUGCUGUGCUGGUAGUGACCUUUCUGAUCAUAUCGCAUCCUAUAACACUCUCCUUCAGACGGAGCCUGUGCUCUCCGGCGGUCCGGGGGCCAAGUUUCUGGCCUGAGCCGCCCUGAUUCACAGCGUCUUCCGGACGGACAUACCUUACAAGUUUCAGGAAUCCCGCUGCUUAGGAGCCCCGCACAGCGGGCUGGCAGAGACGGCCCAGCCAUGGGAGGAUGCUCGGCUCCGAACUGCUCCAACUCCACCACCAUCGGCAAGCAGCUCUUCCGCUUCCCCAAGGACCCGGUACGCAUGAGAAAAUGGGUCAUAAACUGCCGGCGCGACUUCGUGCCCACGCCGUGCUCCAGACUCUGUCAGGACCACUUUGAGGAGAGCCAGUUUGAGGAGAUCGCCAGGUCCCCGGCAGGAGGCCGCAAGCUGAAGCCCAACGCCAUCCCCACGCUGUUCAACGUUCCUGACCCCCCAUCACCCAUCAGCCCAGCGGUGAGCGGGCCACUCAAGCGAGAGCAGGCAGAAAAGGAGCAGAAUCUAGGCGAUCACGGCUACGCCCGCAGGCAGCCCAAAAGCGAGGCGGAGGAGGCCGAGGGCGGCGGUGGCGGGACCCAGCGGCAGGACGUGGAGCGUGCCUGCGCUCAAUGCCAGCAGUACAAGGCACAGCUGGAACAGCAGCAGCUGCACACGGCCCGACUGCAGAAGGAGGCUGAGGAGAUGAGGAAGAAGCUCCACAAGCUUAACAAAAUGGAGAAAGGUCUGCAGAUGUUCCUGUUCGAAGACCAGAUCCGGGCUCUGACGCUGGCUAAGCGCUCACGCCGGGCCGUGUGGUCCCAGGACACGGUGCUGACUGCCCGAAAGAUCCGCUGCGCCGUGGGUGUGAAGGGAUACGAGUUCCUGCGCGACCUAGGCUACCCACUGCCCUCCUACAGAACCCUCUGCAACCGGCUGGAGCCCAAGAUCAUGGUGCCCAGCACCAUGCAGGAGGAGCUGGUGGAGCUCGGCCUGGGCAUCAUCUCCACCUGUGACAGUCCCGAGGACAAUGGGGCUGGCGACGAGGCCCUUCUGGGGGUGAUGUCAUAACGAAGCAGCUGCUGUGGCUCCCGGGACUAACACACCGUGUCGAGGACCAGCGGGAGGGUCGGUCGCCACCUGUGACGGUGACACACUCAGUGGAGCUCUCGCUUGUGUUAUUAGCAUGUGGAAGCAGUUCCCCGGUCCCUAAACCAUAGUAUUCCUGCUUAAAGGAUAUUUUUGUAUGGGUGAACAUUUUGUGUUCUCUGGGAAACUCUGAUGGGUCUCCUUUCAUUUCAUUUAUAUUAAUUAAAAUUUGAAGUGUUCAUUACCAAAGGCUGGAGCUGUGGCAUGUAGCGAAUGAGGUCGUAUGUAUCCUGUUACUUUCUGUUGAUUUAUCAUUAUCUGUCUAAUCAUGAAUCGCAAGGUUAGUCUUUUCAUUACUGUGAACUUGUUCAUAUGACGUCAUCAGUACCCUCUGAAGUGUUCCGCUCACUAACGGGGGUUAUAGCCCAGGUGACGGGUCUUGUUCUGAUAGGACACUAUGCCCAGCCUCUGGCUGUUUGAGGAAGCCCCGCAGGUCCUGACUGAGCCGCGUGGGGGGAGGAAGCAGACUUGCUGUGAUUGUGGCAGAGCCACAGUUCUGCUGUUUGCUCCUCUGAGUGACUGAGCUGAGAUGAAGCCUCUGCACAGUAGGGCUGUCCAGCAUGUCACUAAACGCAGGCAGUGUAUUCAUGGCAAUAAACGUUACCUUUCAAA